AUGAAUAAAUUUUGCAUUCAAAUUGUUUUAUUUCUUUUAAUAAUCUCCGUAUAUGUUAAUAUUAAAAUCCUUGCAACCGAAGCUGAUCUAGGAGAAGAUACAUCCGAAUCAACACCGAAUUAUCUUACUUCAGAAGAAAUAUAUGAAAAAAAUAAGCACCUAUUAUAUACCGAACCAGAAGAAACAAUAAACGCCGAUGAAUUUAUGAAAGAAGCUGUAUCACAAUUAGUAUAUCAUGCUACAAGUAAAGAUGAUUAUGAAUUAUGUGGAGUAAGUCCUGAUUGUUAUAUAGCUUUAUAUAAAAAAAAACAUGAAGGCCAUACAACAGUUAAAAAAAUUUAUUAUUCAGUUUAUGAUUUCGAUCAGUAUAAUGAAAUAAUAAACGAGUUAUGGGAUCCAGAUCAUGCCAGUUUUUUAAAUAUUGGCUCUGUUAAAAUUGUCCGUGUGUAUAAUCCAAAUUUAGUAAUGAUACAACAGCGUUACCAAAAUUUGUAUGAGUCCGAUCAGAAAUAUUUUUAUGCUUUAGCUACAAAGGUUGAAAUAUCAAAAAACAAAACUAUAGUUGCCAUUUCUUCAGCAAAUAUAAAUGAUCACAACCGUAAAAAUAAAAAAUAUUUUGAAAACACAAUAGUAGAAAGUGCAAAUUUAUUCCAAGCUGAAGUUGAUUCUGAAGAAGAUAUUAGAAAAGGAAAAUUAAAAAAAACAUUUGUUAACAUAGCUGGAUACCUCAUUGAAAAUAAAGGCGAUUGUGUUAAUAUCACCUAUAUCGAAUCUUUUGGUUCCCAUGUUCCCAUUCCGUUAAAACGCAUGAUUGGAAAAGCUUUAGAUUACUUUUUCACUCAUAAAUAA